AUGUCGAAGUCCAGGUCGCCUACUCCCACUCGUAAUCUUUCCUCUGCUAAUAUUGUCACGUCUCCUCGACCCACGGCCUCACGAAUACAACUACUAGACGAGCACGCCCCCGCGCCCUCCGACUCCCUCUCUAGCGCACGACUCCACGAGCCACUCAUCGUCCACCUCCCCUCUCCUCCCCCCCUGGCAUCCUCCUCCCACUUUAUCGAAUCAAGCUCCACACGGCGCUCUUCACACCUAAUCCGACCCGCUGAAGCUUCCCCCGAAGAACCCAUGGCUAAACGCAUGCGCAGAGACUCUCCCGCGGCACGAGGCCGACCCGACAACCACUCGAGCCCUUCUUCCGACUCCCAAGACGACAUGGCCGACAGCGAGAUGGACGUCAACAGGUCCUCCAACCCCGAGCCCCAGCCCCCCGCAGCGCCGCCGAAGAAAAAGCGGACGCGCACCUUAACGACGCCUCACCAGUCUGCCGUGCUCCACGCAUUGCUUGCUCAGUCUCGGCGAGCGCGAGUUGGGCGGUCAAUUGGUCUAAGUGCACGAAAGGUCCAGAUUUGGUUCCAGAACCAAAGACAGAAGGCAAGACGUCCGCGCAGCCAAGGUGAACCACCAUCCAGUCGACCCCCGCAAUAUGGGCCUUUCCCCGGUGGCCCGGAGUCGACUGGUCGCGGAUUCGAAGAACACCGUAUGGAACAUAUGCCUUAUCCCGGCCCACCCAUCUCUGAACCGCAAGGUGGGACUGCAGACAUUCCCGGAAGGCUUCUUGGUCCUGGGAUGCCAGGCGCGAUACCAUAUCCUCCACAAGCAUAUCGCCACGUUCACCCACCACUACCCCUCUCUGCGCCCGCGGGUGAGACGCGCUUCCCAAUGGGCCAGCCCUUCCAACGCGUUCCAAGUCCCCACGCGUUCCGAUCCCCGCGAAUGUACCCUCAGCCGACGGCUAGGCCGGCAACCUCUCAGCCUAGCAGUUGGCGUGAGCGUGACCCGUCGCGUACGCUCCCGCCUCUCGUGUCGACAAGGCCUGCAAGCUCGACCUAUGGAGCGAGGGGAUUUUCGUCGGGGUCCCAGGCGUAUCUCCCAUCUCGGCCACCCUUCGUUUCUCCUCGUUCUACUUCUCCCGAGCCAAGAUUUGCUCACCAACCGCCGGAGCCUACUCCCCGGCCCUCUCUGCAUCUUCCUCCCCCCUUCACGCUUCAACCUUCUCCUCAAUGGGAUGAGUCUUCGUAUUCAGCCCUUCCGCGCGCAAGUUCUUCCGCGUGGUCGCGUCCAGGCUCGCGUUCUACCAGAGGGAGAUCCACAUCACCCAUUGCAGCAAGACGAGAGCCGAUCGGGGGCUCAGUAGAAUCGUCUGAUGCAUUUUAUCUUGCCGAGAGGACGCCGCAUCUCCACUCUCCCUCUCCACGCCCGAUACCACUUUCCGAAACCCCACCUUCACGCUCUGGCCGCUACGAUCCCAUUCGUGCGACCUUUAUCCCAUUCUCGACGCCCUCGGUAUCUCCAACAAUUUCCCCCGUGCGCCCGAGCGGAGAGGGUGACGAACAGCCCGAUCAGAACAUUUCGCCAUCUCACGAGGAUCGAUGA